AGGUGAAAGGUGAAAAUUGAGGGGAAAUUUUCUUCUUCCGAAAUUUCUUCGUAUUUUAUCUGUAUUUGUCUAUUAUUGAAGUAAUUUAUGUUAAUGGGUAGUCAUUAAGGAAUCUUAAUUUAUAAACAUCAUAAAAAAUGUUGAAGCAAGAAAAUCUGGCAGCGAAUUUCUGUGGAUUGCUAGCUUCAAGAGGAUUCAAAGAACCUGCAAAUGAGUUCAAAAUUCUUGGUCAAGAGAAGGAUGGCACAAUCCUUACAAGCUGGAUAUCAAGAAAAUAUCCACAGGAGACAGAAACAUCAAUGAUUGGAUGUUACAAUCCUAAAGAAAAAUCUUUUGACGUUUUAAAAAUUUUCUCGUCCCGUGAAAAUGUUAUUCAAGCUUCUAUUAAUCAAAAUAAAUCUCUUCUACUUUAUGUGAUUAAGAAACAAUAUCCAUCUGUUGAUAACGAAACAGUAAAUUUUUUAUAUGAACCAUUUUUGACGAGGACAUUGUUGGAAACCAAAGACAACAACAUUGAAAAUUCCUUGCUAAGUACUGAAAGAAGCAAACAAGUAUUAUUGCAGUUUCUAUGGCCAAAGCAUCAGAGAAACAAAGACCAAGAAAAGUUUCUUCUUAUGAUUCAUGAAGAAGGAAUUUACUUGAAAACUGUAAUCGUGAAUGACACUUUAGACGAUUCAUCAAUGAAAAGUGAAUUAAUUGUCAAACAUUUCGUGUGGAGUCAAUGGGAUGGCAAAAUUCAAACUCUUUUUUACAUUCAUCUCAAACAAUCUACGAGAAUUUCAUUAGAGAAAGAAGAAGAUGAGAAAUUAACGAUUCCAACAUUGUCGGCUUUUCAAUUUCACGACGACGUUCCAACCGAGACGGUCUUGAAUGUUCCUUUGAAUCUCCCAAAGAUUCCAUCACCAAGUAAAUUCUCCGAGUACGAAGAUGACACAAUUCCAUUGAGAAUCUACGAUUCAUCUUUAAGUCUCAUUAUUGUCUCUGAUGACGACAAGGGAAUGUUGUUCAUCUGUCAUUAUUAUCUUUAUCAGCCAAUUAAACAACAAGACGAGAAUCAAUCAAGUGUCAAAGACGUUCACUUUGCUUACUCAAUCACAAUGGUUCAUUGCAGUCUUGUUGUUCAUUGCAUCAUUCCAGGCGUUCCAUGGGAGAAAGCGAAGCUGAUGAAGCCAACAUUUACAUUAGUCGACGAUCACUUGUUGGUGUUUCAAGGCGGUUUAUUUAUAAACAUCUUGGACAUUGGACUUCAUAAUGAACCCUAUGCGAUGAUUUUAUUGAAACUUCUUCCUUUGACAACAUUGAAUACGACAAAACCAAUUCAAGCGAAAGUUGGCGAUCUCACAGUUGGAUUGUCACAUGAGAGUCUUCACAAUACAACGAUGAUGCUUCUAAGUCCACAACAGCGACUCAAUCCUUAUCGGCAAGACAUUUGGACGCGACUUUAUGCAAGACUCAACGAUAAUAAAGAUUGUAAGAAGCGAUUUUCUUGUGAUCAAGUCACUGAAAAGUUGCUUUAUUCAUUAACUUGUUAUCAACCUGAAGCUUUAAGUCGUUGCUCGACACCUCAAACUCCUUCCGGAUCUAGUCACAGUCAAAUGAAAAUGAACGACGUGUCGAAUCUGACUUCAUCAGCAACAUCAAGAAGACAUUCAAAUGAUCAUUUGCCAUUCGUUGAAUUUGAAACAUGCACGGCAAGUAAACAAGAGCACAUCAUAUCGGUGAACUUACGUGAGUUGUCGAUGCAUCUUGUGAAAAACAGCGUCAAGCAAAUGACGGGAUUUCGAUGGCUUAAAGAACACGAGCCAGCAGCCCCGACAUUUGUUCACGCGGUGUCGGCUCGUUAUGUGUCAGCACAGCUGGAAAUGUCGAGAUUGUUGUGUCUCUUUGUCUGUCGUGCUGCUGGAAUUGAUUCACGAAUUGAACAAGAUCGAGGCUUCACUUUAAUUGACAAACUUUCAGUUCCACAACGCUAUCUUCUCUUUUUGAUGCUCGAGCGAUAUGUUUUGGCGAUUGAGUCGAUGUCGUUUCCACUUCCUCAAGGUUUCUCAUCAUUCUUUACUUACUUGGGUUAUAAAUCAUUAGAAUAUGACGAAUUCAUGGAGUAUUGUCGACGACAUGUUUUUGAAUUGCAAAUUGAUGUCACGAAAAUUAUUAUGAAUGAUAUUGAAGACACUCCCCAUGGAACUGAUCGGAAAAUUGCUCUUUUAUCUUUGCUUCCACGAACCCGAGCUCGUCGUUUGAUCAACAAUUGGGAUCAUCCAAUAAGUUUAAGAAUUCGGGGAUAUGAUCAUGCGUCGAAUGUUCUGUCAGGAAAUCCAAUCGGUCGAUCUUUGUCUUUAUCAAGUGCUUCGCAUUCGUCGACAGCAGUGAAAAAAGAAAUAAACAUGUAUUCUCAAAAUGAUUACUUUGAUCCGGAAUAUGAUGACUAUCCACCUCAAGAAGGCUUUGAUGAUUAUGGAGCAAAUAAUGGAAGUUAUUAUGCGAUGAAUACAAUUCCAGAUGUAAUCAAGAAUUUCCUGACGUGCUUGUUUGAUUCAAUCGAAAAAGGAGAUAUCUACAAUAUUCAGAACCUCUAUGAAAAUACGUUUCCGAAAUUCAGUGAGACUUAUUACGAUAAAAAAGAAUGGCCUGAUGAAAAAGAAGUCGCCGAAUUUAUGCCGGAAAAGGAUGAACUGUUCAUGAUCCUUUACAAAGAGCUAUAUUAUCGUCACAUCCAUGCUCGCAUUCAAGGAGGACCACAAUUUGAACAGCGUGUUGCUUCUUUUUAUAAUUACUGCGAAUUCUUCAAUUACAUCUUUCUUCAAAAGCCCAUGGACUUGGAACUUCCCGACAUUUGGCUUUGGGAAUUGGUUGAUGAAUUUGUUUAUCAAUUUCAAAACUACACACAGUAUCGUGCUCGAUUAAACGAUAAAAGCGACGAUGAACUUGAGAAAUUAGCUGAACCAGACAAUACAAGAGUUUGGAAUAUUUUGUGUUUGUUGAACGUUCUUCAUUCAUUGGUGGACAUGUCAAAUAUCAAACAGCAAAUCGAAGCUACUGCUAAGGGAGAAGAUCCUGACGCUGUAGCUGGCGAACACGGUCGUUUGUCUCUUUACAAGAUGCUUGGAUAUUUCAGUUUGGUUGGAUUGCUGCGCGUCCAUUCAUUGCUCGGAGAUUAUCAUCUGGCUAUAAAAAUUCUGGAACCAAUUGACAUUAGUCGUAAGAGUCAAUACACUCACAUCCCAGCAUGUCAAAUCUCGACUUCUUAUUAUGUUGGAUUUGCUUACAUGAUGAUGAGACGCUACUCUGAUGCUAUUCGAACUUUCACUGGCAUUCUCUUGUACAUCCAACGAACAAAGCAGUUGUACAGUUCUCGCUCGUAUCAAAACGAUCAAAUCAACAAGCAGACAGAACAAAUGUACCAUUUGCUUGCUAUUUGCUUAGUUCUUCAUCCUCAAUGCAUCGAUGAAUCAAUUCAACAAGUGUUACGCGAGAAAAAUUACAAUGACAACAUGUACAAGAUGCAAUGUGGCGAUCUUGAGGUCUUUAGGAAUUUCUUUAUGUUUGCUUGUCCCAAGUUCGUUUCACCAUGUCCGCCACCAUUUGAUUCUCAAGUCGAUGACUUUGUCAAAGAACCUUUAGAACAUCAAGCUCAAGUGUUUAUGGAUGAAGUCAAGCAACAACUCGAAUUGCCAACAAUUCGAUCAUAUUUGAAACUUUAUACGACACUUCCAUUGACAAAACUUGCAGCUUUCAUGGAUAAGAACGAACGAAAUGGUGAACGUGAUCAUGAUCGAGCAGUGUCAAAAUUAUCAACGCAACUUCUCUGCUUCAAACACAAAAUGAACAACGUAGUUUGGACUAAAGGCAGCAGUGGAUUGGAAGGGAAAUUUCAGUCUGGUUCUGAGUUGGAUUUCUACAUUGACAACAAUAUGAUCCACAUCGCUGACACGAAAGUUUCACAUCGCUAUGGAGACUUUUUCAUUCGUAAAAUAUUAAAAUUUGAAGACUUGAAUCGUCGUUUAAAGAAAUUUUAAUCUGUAGCGCAAACAAUUUCCAACAUCAUAUUUUAAUCAACAAUUUUUUGAGAUAAUUGAAAUAAAAAUAAAAUUUGGAUUCAAAAGGAUUUUUUAAGGAUUUUUAAUUAAAUUUUCAUUUAAAAUGCUUUUGUUCCACAUUUUCCUUGUUCCAGAUCAAGUUAAGAGGGAACAGAAUGAAAACAUUCUUCAUAUUCCGUUCCGUUCUCAAAGGGGUAUAAAGAUUCGC